AUGCUUUCAAAGGUUUUGCCUCGCCGCUCAUUACCUACUUUAAGAUCUUUUUCUUCCGCUCCAGUCUACGUCGAAUAUCCAGGCAAUAUUUUUGUCCCAACGUGGACUCAUGUCCCUAUUUGGAACAUUUAUGGAGCUGAAAAAACUUACAGUUCGGCACUUCAAGCCUUCAAAGAUUCCGAGCAAACUUUCCAAGAUGGUACCUUUACCAUUGCCGAUUUUUGCUCAGUCAGUUGCAAAAAUACAAUGCACGUAGUCACCAAACUUGUAAAAGACCUCCGCACAAGAUCAAAUCGUGAAGUUUUAAUUCAUCCUACCUUACUUCCUAAUGCAAACUGGAAUGAAUAUUUCAAGCUCGCUCUCAGCGCUGAUUACUAUGGCUCCUUGACCUAUACUUUUGUAUCAGCAAGGCCAGGAGGACUAUGGAAACAACUCUUCCCAUCACAACACCUUAAUUUUAUCUAUGCAAAUCAUAGCUUUAUGCCAAUCAGUAAGAUGAGAGUUGCAGCUGAUACGAUUUGGCCUACAAUGUCGGAAGAUCCAGUCAUUAUUAGAGAGCUGAGGGAUACAGCGGCUAAGGACUUAGAUAAUAUUCUUACAUUUACUCUCCCCCCCAUUUAAUAACGAACACUUUUUUUGUUCGUUAUUAAAUGGGGUCUAACUUAUAAAAUUUUUGGAAAAAAAAAUAUAUAUAUUUAUAUUUAAUAUCUAUGAUUUUUUUAUAUAAAAAUUUCAAUUAAAGAGUUAAUAAUAAAGGAUUCAAAUGAUGGCAACAGAAAGAGAAAGCGCCUAAAUGAAAGCGAAAAGAUAACUAUUGCUAACUCCACACCCCUCCGUGAGCGAACAAAACCAUUAGAAAAAUCCCUCACCCUCCGUUAGCGACUAAAAUUUUUGUUUAAUAGAAAAAUUUUUUAUGAAAAAUUUUUGAUAUAUAAAUGAUAAUUAUUAUAAUGAAAUCUGGAGCUAAUUCUGUUUAAUUUUAAAUAAAUUACGUUUUAAAACAUAAAUUCUACAAAUUCAAUUAAUAUUUGCUUUCCAAUUUUUGCGAAUUAGGAUUUUUUUAAAUUUCGAAAAAAACAAUUUUCUGUAAAAUUUAUAAACAAUUUUUUACAAAAAAAAAUUAACCCCCUUCGUAAGCGAACGAGAUUUUUUUGUUCUCUCACGAAGCGGGGGAGUAAAGCACCAGUUAAGAUUAAGCCACUAUUAACUUAUUAGCUCUUAUUUAUUAUUCUUUGCUCGAUUAUAUUUGUCCUUAUCUUAUUCUAACUUCUUAAAAUUAGUAAACUAUAAAGACUAAAUUAGCUUAUAGAAAUUUUAUAGUAAAUUUUGUUCGUUAUUAAAUGGGGCCUAAGGAAAAAUUUUUAGGAAAAAAAAAUGACGGUUUUGUUCGUUAUUAAUUGGGGGAGUUAGAGGAAAAGAAAUCAAAAGUGGAGGGCGCUUCUGCUUUGACGUACUUUUGGAUCAUCAUAUACCCAAAUUAAGCUGCUGGAGACUGCUGAAUGAUGUUGUGGCUGACUUUGUAGCCAAUGGAAGAAUUACACAGGAAGAAAGAGCUAAAAUGGCACUUAGAAACUAUCAGAGAAAUGAUGAUAUUAUCAAUGAAGCACUGGACAAGCAUAAAAGCAAUUGAAGGGUUGUUCAUAAAGAAACUGUAACUUCAAGAUUCCCUGCUUGGGGGCAAUAUGAAAUUGAUAAAGAUGCAAAGAAACUUGCCAGGGCUUAUACUGAGUGGCUUCAAGAAUGGACUGCAGGAGCUAUUUUGAUGAAUUUGGCCGCAGCCAGACCUCAGCAAGAAAAGCAAUUUAUUAUUAGUGACAUUUAUGAAGAACUGUUCAAUAGAGUUUCUGCUAAUCCAAUGCCACUUGAUGUUCAACUUUAUGACUUCGUUCUUCAAAAACUUUAA